UAGACGGAGAUUAGAGUAAAUAAUGGCGUUGAUUAACGCGUGAUUUAAUUCACGAGAAAGGCUAUUCGAGGCUACUCGUGCUACUUAUUUUCUUCGAUUCUCGCCAGCGGAUACAUCAUGAAACUCAAGUAUCGGGUUGGAUUCAAUAAAUAUAUCAUCGACGAACGGUCAUCCUCCUUUUUUCAAUAAAAGAUCGCUUGCCGAGAACGUGCAUCUCUUUUACAUAUAGAUGCGCGAAUCUAAGAAUCUGUGCACGCGUAUGAGAUUCGCGUGGAACUGUAUAAAGGCCUGCAAGACCUGUUUUCGCGAUUACCUCGUCCUAAGGAAUCUCACCAUACGUCCAUCAGGAAUAGAGACGCAGAGCAGUCUUUAUCUAUCCGUAUUCGAGAACAGAAAGCGUCGAGGAUCCUCUUCAGUGGUUUGGCAAAUUGAUCGGAGAAAUCGGGAUGCUGCCCUUCAUCAUAUGUUUACUGCCUCUAGUGGCAAGCGUUCCGCUAGAUUCACGAAUGAUUAUCGAAACACCUUCAAACCUAAUUCUGGAGGUCUAUAACGGCAUCUUGAUAGACAUUCAAUUUGUCGAAGGCUCUAACCGUACGGAAUUAGACCUGUCAAAUUCUUCUCUUCGUGGAUUAGAAGAAACUUCUUUCGAUAAUGUGCUCGAUGUGGAAUCACUUAUAUUAAGUAACAAUUCGUUGACUUCUCUGCCGGAUUUUAUCUUUUCCAAUUUGACAAACUUAAAGAAUCUAUCACUAUCGAAUAAUCAAAUAUCGAGCGUCCGAAAUCUGUUUAUCGGCCUGGAAAAUCUGCAGUUGUUGGAUAUCUCUCGCAAUCCCAUCAAACACCUCGGAAGAGGACACUUAUUCGGUUUUACCAGAUCAGUCAAGAUUCUCACCGACGGAAAUGUCCUUUGGAGCAUCAGCACGGGCGUGUUUACAAACUCCUUUCUCAAGGAAGAGGAGUUGAAGCAACUAACAGCGAUGAUGAAUCAAGAGAAUUUCAUGGAGAAGAGCAAGGAAAAGGAAAAGGAAGUCGACAGGAGUGCAGAGCGCGAUGUUGAAGAGCUAGUUGUAAAGCCUCAAGAGAUCGUCCAAGCUCUUAACAAGGAUACUCGAGUGAAAAUCUGCAAGUCCGAUGGUAUCGUGACAUCAUUGGCGAUUUUUGAGAAGGAUGAAGAGCUCGUUGAAGGAUGCGUUCGAGUAUCGGUUGACGUUGACGCGAUGCGAGUGAAUCUUCGCGAGCGGGGCAUCAGCGGUUUCCAGGAAAACUGGUAUCGAUUGCAAUCGCUGCCGAUCUCUUCCUUGGAUCUGUCAAACAACGAGAUCGUCGAGAUCACGAAGGAGACACUGAACGAUCUACCAUCUCAUGUGACGUAUGUGAACUUUCUAGGCAAUAGGAUCCGUAGGAUCCGGAGCCAAGUGAUCGAGAACGAUCAUCUGAAAAGACUCAACUUUAAAGGCAACUUGAUCGACGAGAUCGAAGACGGUGCGUUCGGAAAAAUUAAAUUACGUGGAUUAUUUUUGGCCGAUAAUCGACUAAAAAAUCUCGACUUCGUCUCCAAUUUACCGGAAACUCUGAUAGAAUUUGUCGUGAGCGGAAAUUGCAUAGCGUCUGUUUCCAACGACACUUUCUCCAAGCUCUCUCGUUUGUUGUAUCUCAAUCUCGACGGCAACGAAAUCAAAGCGCUGCAGAGCGACGUCUUUCAAGGUUUAGAAUCUUUACGAUCGCUGACGUUGACAAGCAAUAAUAUAACGACCAUCGAAUUUUCCGCUUUUAGAGGUCUAACAUCUCUCGAGACGCUCGAUCUUCAUCGCAAUUCUAUACGCGAUCUGCAAAAGGGCACCUUCGCCGAGUUGACGGCUUUGAAGGAGUUGAAUCUCGCCUAUAACAAUAUCACGGAAGCUACGUUCGCCGAUCUUCCAUCGUCCUUGGACUCUUUGCAUCUCGAUUACAACGAGAUCGACAUGCUCGAAGAAGGCAAUUUCGUUCAAGCUCCAAGAUUCACUCUGUCAUUGACCGGGAACAGAAUCUCUAGCAUAAUGAGUGGUGCUUUCAAUCUGCCCGUUCUUCGAGAUCUGUACUUGAACAAAAAUCUCUUGACGACUAUAGAAGGCGAUAGUUACGAAGGCCUGAGUCGUUUAAGACGCCUCUGGCUCUCGGAAAAUAAAAUAUUAGAGAUUCCCAAGAACGCCUGUAAAAAUCUGGGCAGUCUUUACGUCUUAGAUAUAUCCAAGAAUCCGUUCCAAAAGUUGGAAAAUGGCGCUCUUCAUGGUCUCAACACCGACUUUGGAACCUUAUACAUUUACAACAAUAGUUUGAAAGAGAUACAAGGCGGAGUUUUCGAUGAUUUUUAAUAAAAUUGAU